AUGGGCAAACUCUCGAUUUUGACCCUGCUGGGUGCCAGCUUAGGGUCCGUUCUUGCGGGAUGGGACAGCCCUGAAUACAAGAACUUCUAUAGCGUGCCUGUUCCUAUCGCUCCCAUCAAACAACCAAAAGCAAUUCUGACAAACAACCACACUGGGAAGCCAAUCCAAUACUAUGAGAUUGAUAUCAAGCCACUGCAAAUGGAAGUAUAUCCUGGGAAGAAGACUCGUCUUGUCGGCUACGAUGGACUGGUUCCCGGACCAACCUUCAUGAUGGAGAAGGGUGUAGAGGCCAUUGUCCGAUUCAUCAACCAUGGUGAUCUCCCCAACUCAGUACAUCUUCACGGCUCCUAUUCACGAGCUCCUUUCGAUGGAUGGGCUGAGGACACCACUGGUGUCGGACAGUACAAGGACUACUACUAUCCCAACUCCCAGAAUGCGAGAACACUGUGGUAUCACGACCACGCGAUCGACCACACUGCCGAGAAUGCUUACUUCGGCCAAGCUGGCUUUUACAUCCUGCACGACCCCGAGGAGCGAGCACUCGGACUUCCAGAAGGAAAAUACGAUAUCCCACUAGCUCUUGCAUCAAAACGAUACAACAAAGACUUUUCCUUAUGGGACCCAGAGAAGAAUGGAGAAACGACCAGCGUAUACGGAGAUGUGAUCCACGUCAAUGGCCAGCCAUGGCCAUUCUUGAACGUCGAACCAAGAAAGUAUCGCUUCCGAUGGUGCAAUACUGGUAUCAGUCGCAGCUUCUUGCUGUACCUUGAGGAGUCCACUGCUGCUGGAAAGAAACUCCCAUUUACUGUUAUCGCUUCGGAUGCCGGACUACUUGAGCGGCCUGUGGUGGCAAAGGAUCUGUACAUUUCCAUGGCAGAGAGAUGGGAGAUUGUUAUCGACUUCGCCGCUUAUGCUGGGAAGAAAAUAACUGUUCGAAACGACAAGGGAUUCUCAGCGGAUUCUGACUUCACGGCCACGGAUCGUGUAAUGCAAUUCGUGGUAGCAAAGUCAAUGGCUCCUGGCCCUGUCGUAGGCAAUGGCGUUAUCCCCUCACGCCUCCGCACCGUUCCUUACCCUCCUCCGAAAUCUGGUAUUGACCGCAGCUUCACCUUUGAACGAAGCGGUGGCCAAUGGAACAUCAACGGAGUGACCUGGGCUCAAGUCAACAACCGAAUCAUGGCCAAGCCUCAACGUGGUGCCAUCGAGAUCUGGCAACUCGAGAACAAGAGCGGCGGCUGGAGUCAUCCCAUUCACAUCCACCUCGUCGACUUCCAAGUCAUGUCCCGAAGUGGCGGCAAGAAACGUGGCGUCCUUCCUUACGAAGCUGCCGGCCUGAAGGAUGUAGUCUGGCUGGGACCAAACGAGAAGGUCACCGUCCUGGCAAGAUACGCACCGUGGGAUGGAGUCUACAUGUUCCACUGCCACAACCUGAUCCACGAGGACCACGAGAUGAUGGCUGCCUUCAACGUGACCUCGCUCAACGACUUCAACUACACCGAGACGACCAAGUUCAUCGAUCCCAUGGAGGCGCAGUACCGGGCAAAACCCAUCCAGACCGGCGAGUUCAACAGCGUCCAGACCUGGGGCACGGGCGAGUUCUCAGAGGCCAGCGUCAGGGCGAAGGGCGAUUGGUUCUCGAACAUGGACGCAUACUCGAUAGUGGACAAGGUUGAUCAGGCGCUGGAGGAUUACUGGCACCGCACACCGGUGAAGGUGAGGGAGGCUGCUCCAGAGCCAGAAGUGGAAUCGACGCCGUUGAGCAAGAGUAAGGCUAGGCGUGGCGUUUCGUAUUCGGCCUAG